CCCUCAUGCCCCCCCCCGGCCACUAGCCGGCACGAGCCCCCUCCCGGUGUGUGGCUGCGCAUUUUUACGCCGCUUCGAGCGCCGUGGCUGAAUGAAAGGAGAGCGGCGGAGACAUCGCUGUCGCAGCAGCAGCAGCAGCAGCACUCGUGGCGAGAGGAGAGCCGCCCCCGGGAGGCUGUGCCUAGCGGGGUGGGGCGGGGGAGUCCUCCUGGGUUCCCCCCAGCCCCCCUCAGAGGCCACGCUUCCUGGGGAGAGGGGACCAUGAUGUCACAACAGCUAGCCAAUCCACGCUGUGCACAGGGGACUGUGCAAUACCCACAGAACCGGUUUUCCUUCAGCUGGAUCCAGGAGAGGAAUAAGACUACUCAGGAGUAAUUAAGUCUGGAUGGGAGCCAGUGACUUCAAAUGCAGCUAGAAGAGAGAAGGCAGUACCUAAUGAAUCAGAAGGCAACUAGCUCUGUUCCAGUGCCCUGAGCAGUCCCUGACGCACCCAGUCAUAAAUCAGAAUGUUAUGGAACAGUUCAAUCCUGGCCUGCGGAAUUUAAUAAACCUUGGGAAAAACUAUGAAAAAGCUGUUAAUGCAAUGAUUGUGGCUGGAAGAGCCUACUACGAUGGUGUGGCGAAAAUAGGUGACAUCGCGGUUGCCUCACCUGUGUCUAAAGAACUGGGGCACGUUCUCAUAGAAAUUUCCAUUGCACAGAAGAAACUGAACGACAGCCUGGAUGAAAGCUUCAAGAAAUUCCAUAAGGAAAUUAUAGUGGAGCUGGAGAAGAAAACUGAACUGGAUGUAAAAUACAUGAACGCUACCUUGAAAAGAUACCAGAAUGAACAUCGAAACAAACUGGAUUCUUUGGAAAAAUCUCAGGCUGAGCUGAAGAAAAUCCGAAGAAAAAGUCAAGGAGGAAAGAAUACAUUGAAAUUUGAGCAUAAAGAAAUUGAGUAUCUGGAAACUGUGACUUCUCGUCAGAGUGACAUUCAGAGGUUUAUUGCGGAGGGUUGCAGGGAGGCCCUGCUGGAAGAGAAGAAAAGGUUCUGUUUUCUAGUCGACAAGCACUGCAGUUUCGCUCAGCACAUGAAGUAUCACCAUGUCGAGUGUUCAGAGUUACUUAACUCCAAGUUGCCAAGGUGGCUGGGAACCUGUAGCGAUGUCACCAAAGUGCCAGAAAAAAUUAUGAAUAUGAUAGAAGAGAUCAAGACGCCCGGCACCACUCCGGUAUCGGGAACUCCUCUGCCUUCUCCGAUGAUAGAGAGACAUAGUGUGGUUGGAAAUCAUUAUGAUUCACUUCAUAGAAACUCUCCGCAAGUGCCUCCUGCCCCUCCAGGGAGAGCCUAUAUUAGCCCCUUAGUUGAUAUGUUUAAUGACCCAGCCAUGGUUCCAAAGGCGCCUUCAGAGAGAGUGAACCAUUCAGCAGAUCAUACGGACGAUGCCAGUUUAUCACGCUCGACCUCCGUUGCCACAGGGCUGAAUAUAACGAAAAGGCAGAAAGUGAAAACCAUCUUUCCCCACACGGCUGGGAGUAACAAGACUCUGCUCAGUUUUGCCCAGGGAGAUCUCAUCACGCUGCUGAUCUCUGAGGAACGGGAUGGCUGGCUCUAUGGGGAACAUGAUGUGACGAAAGUGAAAGGAUGGUUCCCAUCUUCAUACACAAAGCCACUGGAAGAACCAGUUGAAGAGUCAAUCCGUUUGCCAGUGCCAAGCCCUGCACCUGUCCGAAGCAGCAGCUCAGUAAACUUAUCCGAGAGAGGAGGGGUUGUCCUGCCCCCGCCAGAUUAUUUGGUCCCUGCGCAAACAAGGGCCACUUCAGAAACCAGACAAGAGCCUUCCAAAAGUAUUGCUGUUAAGGCACAAGUGGCCAAACCGGAAAGCACAGCCCCCAGACCUGACAUGAAUGGCAUUGUAAAGCCACCUUUCUUAAGUGGAGAAAAUCCAUUUGCUACUGUAAAACUCCGACCAACAGUUACAAAUGACCGCUCAGCACCAAUACUUCGAUGAGCAACGUGAAUUCCCCUUUUUUACUGCUCCUUGUAAACACUCUUUUCAGCACAUAGCAUUUGAAAAUCAUAUCUGAAGUCGUUUUUAAACUUUAUUUAAAUGUAAUUACUGUGUACAGUAGCAAAACAUUAUAGGAUUUCUGACUUACAAUAUCAUGGCUUCCUAUAUCAGCUAAUAAUUGACAGGUUAAGAUGCUUAAAUUCUCUUGAUUUUACAGUGUGCCUUUAGGAUUGUGAAAAUGGGGGAAGAGGCUCGAAUGCUAUCAUUACCAGCAUAAUUAAUCCUUUAAAAAAAAGACUCCUCUAUACCAGUUGUAGGGUUAACUCUAUGGGGUAAGUUCUAAUUAUUUAAGUCUGCUCAAACCAUUUACUUAGAUAUACAAAUACAUUUAGCUGAUUUUUAAAUAGACAAGCCAUCUAAGGAUUAUCUUAAGACAGCAAUAGACUAUUGUGUAAAGUAAUGUUUCACUAUAUUGGUUAAAAUGUCUUCAGAUACCAGAAUAAAUAUUUAUCUUCUGAA